AUGCUUUCCCACGCGUUUGUCCUCCUUUUCUACAUCACCAAUGCCAUUGCUCUAUGGCCCAAGCCUGUGGAGUUCUCUACCGGCUCUGAGGUGUUGUGGCUAGAUCCUGCGGUCAAGGUUAUCUUGCGCUGCAACGGAGAAGAUGCCAUCUUGACUAGCCAGUCUCCUGGAUUUGGAGAAAUUCCCAUCUCAGCUUUCAUGAGCAUUGCCUUUCAGUUCGGCCAAAAUGUCUUGACUAGAUUUCAAGGCUUUACUUGGCAACGACGUUUCGAGGAAAGCAAAGAAGCUCUCACGGAAGCCUCGAUCGUACAGGGCGCUGUCCACGAAGCUAUCAAAUCGAUACGCGAUACCAGAUAUGUCCCAUGGAAGCUUCAUGGAAGGCACUCGACUUUCGAACCUGAUGUUACGGCUGAGCGCCAUCACCUAUCUAUGUUGCAGAUACAGCAGAGUUACUGCCCUGAUGCUGAAAGUUUCGACCCCGUUACUUUCUUUGCCGCCGAUGAAUCUUAUGACAUUGUCAUCGACAAUGCAACAGCGACAAUUCAGACCAAUGGUACAAUCGGCAUAUUGUGGGCGCUUCAAACUUUCCAGCAAUUGUUCUAUGCGCACUCGUCCCAUUCGGGAUCGUACUUACCAAAUGUGCCGAUGCGAAUCGUUGACCGCCCAAAGUGGCGUCACCGGGGAUUGAGCAUUGACAUAGCUCGAAACCCUUUCCUCCCUUCAGACCUAAUACGUACGAUCGAUGCAAUGGCACGGACCAAGAUGAACAGAUUGCACAUUCAUGCCACAGAUUCUCAGAGUUGGCCACUUGAGAUUCCGUCACUGCCUGAUCUAGCCAGGAAAGGUGCCUACCAGCCUCACCUAGUUUGGACCGCCCAUGACCUCAACGAGAUUCAGGUUCAUGGCGCCUCCCGGGGUAUAUCGGUAUUUGUCGAGAUUGAUAUGCCAGGCCACACAGCAUCUGUUGCUCACGCAUAUCCCGAGUUAGUAGCGGCAUACAAUGAAUUAGACUGGUCAACAUUUGCCGCAGAGCCACUAAGCGGGCAACUGAAGCUCAAUUCGUCCCUCGUGUUCGCCUUCGUCUCGACGCUUCUCAUGGAUAUCUUGCCUCGCACAGGCCGAUACACCUCACUUUAUCACAUUGGGGGUGACGAGGUCAAUCGCGCCGCCUACCUCCUUGAUGAGACGGUGGCCAGUGACGACCCCCAGGUUUUGCAGCCGCUGUUGCAGAUUUUCUUUGAUCAUGUCGUGAGCAUCGCCUACCAACAUGGCUUUCAACCAAUCGUCUGGGAAGAAAUGCUGCUUGACUGGAAUCUGACCCUGCCUUGGGUUAAGCUGGGCGGCAACAGAACUGUAAGCACUCUGGUCCAAGUCUGGCGUAACAGCGAACGAAUCGAAGAAGUGUUGAAGAAGGGCCAUCGAGCCAUAUUUGGCGAUUAUCAUCACUGGUAUCUUGACUGUGGCUUUGGCGGCUUCCUCAACCCUUACCCUGCCGGCAAGUCGCCCGUCGGCGUACCGUACAACACAUCGGGAGGACAUCCGAGCAAACUAAAGAAACCAUAUCUGGAUUAUUGCAACCCAUUCCAUAAUUGGCGUGACAUGUACACCUAUGAUCCUUUGGCGAAUAUCAGCCCCGAUCUGGUUGAUAACGUGGAGGGCGGAGAAGUUCUGAUGUGGAGUGAGCAGACUGAUUCCAUAGACCUCGAUUCCAAGCUCUGGCCUAGAGUGGCGGCUGCGGCAGAAGUGCUCUGGACGGGUGUCAGGGAUGAAACGAUGCUUGAAGAUGCAUCUCGGAGGCUGGGGGAAUGGAGGGAGCGAGAAGUCACGGAUUUCCAAACGGCUGUGUCGCCGGUCCAUAUGACUUGGUGUCUAAUGGAGGGUGGAUGCAACCUCUAA